AUGCCAAGCGCCUCCACGGUGGACCUGCAAAAGCGCGCCCAGGAGGGCGCCUCGUUGGACGAGCUGCUGCCGGAGGCCUUCGCCGUGGUGCGGGAGGCCUCUGCGCGGGUGCUUGGGCUGCGACACUUUGACGUGCAGCUCAUGGGAGGUAUCGCCCUGCAUGAGGGCAACAUCGCAGAGAUGGGCACUGGUGAGGGCAAGACCUUGGUUGCCAUCCUCGCCGCCUUUUUGAAUGCCCUCACGGGCAAGGGCGUGCAUGUGGUGACGGUGAACGACUACCUUGCACGCCGUGACGCGGAAUGGGUGGGUCAGCCGCUGCGGUUCCUUGGGAUGACCGUGGGGGUGGUGCAGAACGGCAUGGCGCCGGAUCAGAAGAAGAAGGCCUACCGAUCCGAUGUCACCUACGUCACCAACAGUGAGCUGGGCUUCGACUACCUGCGAGAUCAGAUGGCCCCUUCCCCAUCCGAGCUUGCCUUGCGGGAGAAGUCCCCCUUCAACUUCGCAGUGGUGGACGAGGUGGAUUCUAUCCUCAUCGACGAGGCCAGAACCCCCCUCAUCAUCUCCGGCGUGGCCGACAACACACCCACCAAGUACAAGGUUGCGAAUGAGGUGGUAAAAGCUUUGCGCAAGGAGGUGCAUUACACGGUAGAUGAGAAGCAGCGGCAGUGCGUGCUCAUUGAGGGCGGUGUGGAUGCGGCCGAAAAGCUGCUGGGAAAGGACGACCUUUUUGAUCCGGAGGACCCUUGGUUUCCUUUCGUUACCAAUGCCCUGAACGCCAAAGAGCUGUAUAUCAAGGACAAGGCCUACAUUGUCAAGCGAGGGGAAGUCCAGAUCGUGGACGAGUUUACGGGCCGCGUCAUGGAAGGCCGCCGGUGGAGCAACGGCCUUCACCAGGCCAUUGAAGCAAAGGAGAAUGUGCAGAUCCAAGCGGAGUCGGUGACUUUGGCCAGCAUUUCCUAUCAAAGCCUCUUCCGCUUGUUCGACAAGCUCAGCGGCAUGACGGGCACCGCCUUCACCGAAGCCAAGGAGUUCGAGGAGGUCUACAAACUGAAAACAGUGGUGGUUCCGCCGAAUCUCACGAGGAAGCGUGAGGACAAGGAUGACCAGGUUUAUGUGGACGACAUCGGCAAGUGGAAGGCAGUGGCGAGGGAGGUGGAGAACGCGCAUCGUAUUGGCCGGCCGGUGCUGAUCGGAACCACCAACGUGGAGAAUUCCGAGAUCAUUGCUGAGCUGUUGGAUGCCUUGGGCGUGGCAUAUCAACUGCUCAACGCCAAGCCUGAGAACGUGGCACGAGAGACUGAGAUUGUGGCCUCCAGCGGCCGCAAGUAUGCUGUGACCAUUGCAACCAACAUGGCAGGGCGAGGCACCGACAUCUUGCUCGGCGGCAAUCCCUCUAUGAUGGCCCGGCUGCGGCUUCGGGAGGAGCUCUAUGCCAAGCUGUUCCCGAAGAAGUCUUGGGCCAUGCCUGAGGAAUUUUACCCAGUGGACCUCACAGCACCGCUGGAGAAGCAGGUGAGUGAUGCCGUGGCACAAACGGUGGAGGCCUGGACUCCUGAAGAGCUGAAGCUGAAGCCUACCUCGCUGGAAGCAGCAGAGCAGAUUGUCUCCCAGGGCAAGCUGACCGAGCUGGAGGCAGAGGAGCGCUUGUCCUUGGCCUGUGAGAAGGCGCCCACGGAAGACGAGGCGAUCUUGCAGCUGCGAGAGGCAUACAAGGCUUUGGCUGCGCACUACAAGCAGAUCACUGACCUGGAGAAGGAGGAGGUUCGGGCACUUGGUGGCCUUCUGGUGCUGGGCACGGAGCGCCACGAGUCCCGGCGCAUCGACAACCAGCUGCGUGGCCGGUGCGCACGACAAGGCGACCCGGGAGCUACGCGCUUCUUUCUCAGUUUAAACGACACAAUUUUCCGCAUCUUUGGAGGCUCGCACCCGGGUACUGGCAGUGCUGAGACGGGGACACACGUUGAAAGUUCUGCAAUGUGGCUGAGAUUUUGCCGUAGGUUCGCGUGA